GAGAAGAACCAGUUUUGUAGUUUCAAAAAUGCGACUUCAGGUUCAAGUGGUUUUCCUCAAUGAAUAUUGCUCGCUUCGUUUGCUUUCUUCUACUUGCCUGCGCGGCGUUGGCCGUAGCUGAUAUUGUACAGAUAACCGACGAGAAUUUUGAUACCCUUGUUAAAAAAUCCGACGAAUGGGUGCUUGAAUUCUUUGGUACAAAUUGCGGUGCAUGCCGAGCUUUUCAACCCAAGUUUGAAGCAGUGGAACGUAUCAUGAGCUCUCACGGACGUCCUACACAAUUCGGCACCAUCGACUACAGUCAAAAUCCAGGAUUGUCGGCGCGCUUUUUCGUAUCACGCAUUCCGACCGUUGUGCACAUUAAGGAUCACCAAGUUCGUCCGGUCACUGCACGUAUGCCGGAUAUGAUUGUCAAAUUUUUGGAAAACGAAGAGUGGAGAGACGUCAAGCCUUCAUCUGGGCUAUUAUCUCCUUACAGCCUGUUCGGUACCCUUGUCGGUUAUAUCGGUAAAGCCACGAAAUGGUUGACGCAAACCUCUCCGUGGGGCAUGGUGGGGCUGUUAACCGGAUUGCUCAUUGCUGUGGUUGGAUUAUCAUGGAAAGUGGGUGGUAACGUACGUGAGGAGGUGACGAGAACUCCGGAAGACCGUGAUCCCGCCGUUUCUUCUACCACUACCGCUUCCCCGGCAUUACCGCAGGAGAAAGCGAGAAAACGUCGGUCCAAACGCAACGAUUAGAGAAGGUCAUCGUUCAUAUGGUUCAUGACAUAGAGGACACGAUAGACGCAUGCAUUUUCACUUCUUUUUGUCGCUGAAAACCAUGGGGGUGAGAAUCAUCUGGAUCCCAGCUCACAUCGAACUCGCUCUGUAAGAUUUUCCGUUAAUUUUGCUAUUUACCCAGAGUAAAAAACCCAAUCAGUGUCUGGAAUACAGUUUUCAUCAAACUUACUUCGGAGAAAGCACAGUUGAGGCAAAUAUGAAGUCGACAAAUGUUGGUUUACUUACUAGACCUUGAAGUGUAUGUGGGAUCUUAACGUAACAUCAACCAUCUUUACUACGGCACGUGUUGCGAUAUUGCUGUCUAAUAAAAAUGACGAUGGAGAAUU